AGUGAACACUAGGAUUUUUCAUUUUUUUGUCCUACGAGUUUUUUUUUCAUGGCACGUUAAACAUUAAUAUUGCAGGUAAGUAUAAUGCAUACAAUUCAUUUCGAACGGAAAAAAAUAGGGAGUGAACGCGCCGCAGCAGUGUUCAGUGGUAGCGGUGUCAGGUGUCAGUCGGUGCGGCGGAAGUUUAUAACCUCGAAAAAAGGAAGAAUAAAAUAUAGAACAUAUCCAUAUUCGCUUGGACAGCAAAAAGGGAAAUGUCACAUCCAUAUGAACGUUAUUGCAAUAGUUAUCAUCAAAAUGCACAACUACAAGAGAAUCUCAAAUACAAGAAGAAAUACAAAAAACUCAAAAGAAUAGUGAAGAAUCUUGUAUUUGAGAAUGCUGCACUUUGUGAUCAAGUUUCCAACAUGCAGGAGAAUCUCGUGGUGGUCAAUGAAGAGCGUUUAUUUUUAUUAAGAAAAUUGUGUCAGUUCCAGGGAGAGACUGACUCAUCGGCAUCAAGAUCUCAAUUGAAUUUUAAUAGUCACAUGUACUGUCAGAAUCUGAGUAGUGAGGUUAUUCUCAAAAGAACCAAUAGAAAAAAGUCUCCAAGUGAUAAUAAUUACAGUAGCUGCAGUGGAAUAAAUAUUGAGGUAAAACCAAAGGCAAGACGAUAUGGAAAGACAGCAAAAAAAAUGGUACAGCUGAUGCCUCUUGAUGUCCAUGGAAGACCACGUUUUCCAAUUUCUCUUGGAGAUUUGACUGUUUAUUCACUCGGUGAAGUAAUAACCGAUAGAGUUGCUUAUCAUACCGAGGAUCACAUUUAUCCAGUUGGCUUUUGCAGUACAAGAGUUUAUGCAAGUCUCAAGAAUCCACGAAUAAAGGCUUUGUACACUUGUAAAAUUUUAGAUGGAGGUGCAAAUCCCAGAUUUGAAAUAGUCUCGGACUGUGAUUUGGAUCAACCCCUAGUGGGUGCAAGUCCUGAUGAAUGUCAUGUUAAAUUAUUAUCAUCGAUAUCUUCAAUACUCUGCAAUAUACCACCAAAGGGUGGAUAUUUCUUCGGUGUAUCGCAGCCUACUAUACAGAAUUUAAUUCAGAGUUCGCCUGGAACGAGAAGGCUGUCUCUUUACAAAACCCAACGUUUUGAAGUGAGCAAAAGUCAGCCUAGCGAGAAUGGAAUGAUUGCCAUGGCUGAAGAAGAAAUGGAUCCUGGCAUUAAUUUUUCAGUAUUACACAGAACUUUUGCAUUCAUCUCUGAUUAUAGAGUGAAGGAAGAACCUUGUGAACAUGAUAUUUAAUUUGCUCUAUAAAUAAAUUUACAUUUGAUAACCAUCUAGGAAUAAUAUAUCAAUAUUAGAAAGUUGUCCAAUGUUGGUAUAAGAAGGGGAAGAGUUAUCACAUAAUUUGUUUUUACUUUAUCCAAUGUAUAAUUGUGUAAAAAAGCAGUAAUUCAUAUGAAAUACGACGAAAUGAUGAUAAAUAAAGCAAAAAAAACAUUGAUAUUUA